AUGUUGUGGGAGGUCCCUGAGGCCGCUGAGGUCGUUCGUGUCUGUUGAACGGUUGUGGGAGUCUUGCUGCUUUGGGUAGGGGGUUAAAAUCGUUUCUUGAGAGGAACGACUCUGUCCGAAGAGAUAAUGAGUUUAGCUCUGAGAAGUGAGCUUGUAGUAGACAAAACAAAGAGGAAAAAAAGAAGAGAACUGUCUGAGGAACAGAAACAAGAAAUUAAAGAUGCUUUUGAACUAUUUGAUACAGACAAAGAUGAAGCAAUAGAUUAUCAUGAAUUAAAGGUGGCAAUGAGAGCCUUGGGGUUUGAUGUAAAAAAAGCUGAUGUACUGAAGAUUCUUAAAGAUUAUGACAGAGAAGCCACAGGGAAAAUCACCUUUGAAGAUUUUAAUGAAGUUGUGACAGACUGGAUAUUGGAAAGAGAUCCCCAUGAAGAAAUACUCAAGGCAUUUAAACUAUUUGAUGAUGAUGAUUCAGGUAAAAUAAGCUUGAGGAAUUUGCGACGUGUUGCUAGAGAAUUGGGUGAAAACAUGAGUGAUGAAGAGCUUCGAGCUAUGAUAGAAGAAUUUGACAAAGAUGGUGAUGGAGAAAUAAACCAAGAGGAGUUCAUUGCUAUUAUGACUGGUGACAUUUAAAGAAUUACAAGGAUAAACACUAAGAAUGUUGCAGUUAUCAUCUUAUAUUCUAUUUUUGUGCCUGGAGCCAUUUGAAAAAAAACAACUUAGUUCUUUUAUCCAAAAGGACCAAAAAUAAGCAUCUUAUGUAUUUGUAUUUUACUACUGUUAAGUUUCUUUGUAUGAAGUAUGUUGUUAGUACUCAGAUAGUUUAGCUUUGUAUUUAUAAUAGAGCUUUUAUAUAAAGUUUUUAAAAAUUGAAUAUGUGAUAUGUGUUCUUUGAAGAUUUUUUAAUUUAACAUUAAUAGUCACUUUUAUUUUGGUGCACACGUUUUCCAGACUUUCAUUAAUAAAAUACUUAUUUUAUUAGUAUUUUAAAGUUUGGUAAAUUUGUUUUUAUUCCUAGUAUCUGUUAACCCUCAAGAGUGUAUUUCUUAAAUCUCCUCUUUAUAAUUUUACUAGUUUCUGAAACAAAAAUUGAAAUACAAAUAGCAAUAGAAUGGCACAUUUUUCCAUUACCUAACAUUUCAUCAAUUUUGACAGUCUAUAUUUUAAUACAAGAUGACUCAAUAUAAGCCUAAUUCCUUUUUUAAGAGUCCUGUCUUUGAGUUUAGAGGGAAUAAGUAUUGUCUAGAUAGACCCAUUUAUCCUUGUGUAUUAUGUUUCUUAACUCUUUUGGUAUCAAUGUAAGUAUGAAAGUUAAUUUUUUUCUGAAUAUUUCCUCAAACGAAUUGAAUGAAUACAAUUUGAAUUCUCUAA